UCGCUAGGUUCGUAGCAAUCGACCCUCAGCCAUUUUUUCAAAUCAGCAUUCAACAUCUCCUUUUUUUAUCUUCUACUUGUUAGUAAGCAAAAGUAAAAUCGAUUUAAUAUAAAUUUAUAAGAAAAGAAAUGGAAUACUACCAAAAAUGAAAAGUACUAAUUAUAUGGUGCAAUCGUUUUUGUUCUCACAUUUGUACACAAUAUACAAGAGAAAAAAGUCGAAUAUUGAUUUAUUGAAUUGAAUGUUAUAUGCAGUCAUCAGUAAAAAUUAAAUUAUUUCAAAAUGGGUGACAAUUUGCAAUUCGAUGCAUAUGAAACACAAAUACGUAUUACUGGCGGAAGUAAUACUGGAAGUACAGGUUCUGAUGGUGAUAGCAAACUGGAACCUUCUAGCCCUGCAGAUAGACAUACAUUUUCACGAUGUAGUAGUACAGGCUCUAUAAAUACUCCAUCUUCUUCUGCUCAUAAUACUGAGGAUGAAGAUAGUGAUAAUAAAAAUUCUACAGUAAGUUAUAAAGAACGACGUAGAGAAGCUCAUACUCAGGCUGAACAGAAAAGAAGAGAUGCUAUUAAAAGAGGAUAUGAUACAUUACAAGAUCUUAUACCUACAUGUCAGCAAACUGAUAUUUCAGGUUACAAAUUAUCAAAGGCUACAGUUCUUCAAAAAUCUAUUGAUUAUAUUCAGUUCUUAUUACAACAAAAGAAAAAACAAGAAGAAGAAAGAAAUGCUCUUCGAAAAGAAGUAAUUGCUUUAAGAAUUAUGAAAACAAAUUAUGAACAAAUUGUAAAAGCUCAUCAGACUCAACCAGGACAUUCAGAAACAUGUGUCUCAGAUGAAACUAAAUUUCAAGUGUUUCAAGCAAUAAUGGAUCGUUUAUUUCAAACUUUUGACAAUGUAUCAGUAUCUAAUUUUGCUGAAUUAUCAGCUUGUGUAUUCAGUUGGAUUGAAGAACAUUGUAAACCACAGACUCUUCGAGAAGUGGUUCUAUCUGUUUUACAGCAGCUUAGUAAUCAAAUAAGUUAGUUUUUGAUUUAUUAUUAAAAUUUUUAAAAUAUUUUGUUU